AUGGGAACCAACAAACAAUUAAAUCGCAGCUUUAAACACACAUCGACCAUAUUUGAUCAAUUAUUCCAAUAAUACUCCUAGAUUGGGUUCAAAAAGACUCACAUCUUAAAAGCAUGGCAACAAUGUGGAAACAAUCAAUAAACAUUCCAUGAAGAACUCAUUAAAAUUAGUGAGCAAGAGAAUGCCCAAAUUAUGAAUGAGGAGGAUUUAUUCAAUUCUCAGAUGCAACUGAAAUUGCAACUCUAAUAAAUAGAAUAGUAAGAUUUAAAAAUCGCCAUCCAACUUUCCUUGGAUUAAAAUGCCCAGUACUAUUUAUUCACAAAUAUUCAUAGAUCCAAACCAAUUAUUUCGGAAGACAGAACCAAUAAAUCCACCCCUAUAGGCCUCAAGAAUUUAGGCAACACUUGUUACAUGAAUGCCAUGUUGCAGAGUCUAUUCAAUGUCCUGCCAUUCAGAAAAUUCAUCCUUGAACUCGAACUAAAAGACAACCAAUCCCUAGCCUCCAAUUUUCUAUUAUAAUUAUAAUAGCUUUUCCUGAUGCUCCAGGAAUCCAAUCAAUCCUACACAAGUCCUUACAACUUGUUCGAGGCCCUCCAAAAAUUCAAACCUAGCGCCAUGUUCAUUAGAGGAAUCCAAAACGAUUUUAAUGAGUUAUAAAACUCCUUCUUGGAUGCCAUCGAAUAGGCUUUAAAGGAAGAAGAAUUUGAAUAAAAAAAGAAACAAUUUUGUGAGAUGUUCUACGGGGAAGCCAAAGAAAUCCUGAGCUACAAGGAGAACGACAAGGAGAUCAUCAAGUUUAAUGACACCACAUUCGGAUCAAUCAGCAUUGAAGCUGCAGAUAAGGAUCUAGAAAAAGGGUUCUUAAACACAAGAGUUCUAAUUAUUGAUGAAUAUGAAACUGAUAACAAGGAGAAAACCAAAGCUAAGAUCGAUUAAAAUAUAGUGCAAGCCCCAUUUCUAAUCUCCUUCUACGUCAAUAGAGUUUAUUAUGAUCCAAAGUAAAAGUCGGUAUGCAAGAACAAUUCCUAAUUUAACUUCAAUUCCUCCCUAAACAUCAAUCAAUUUAAAACUAUUAAUUAGGGUUAGAAGAAUUUCGAACUCUAAAAGUUAGACGAAGAGGAGCAAAGAAUUCUAGAUCAACUUAAAAGUCUCGGAGACUCAAAGGAUGAGAUCGAAGAAAACUUUAAUAGAGUUAUCAAGUUAUUCAAAAGAAACGAAGGAUAAAUUGACAAUUUGGUUACUAUUGAUGGGUUUUGCAUAUGUGAUGAAAAAACAGCAAAUCCAAACAUUAUCCCAAGUGACUAAAUGCUAUUCCAAUUAGAAUCAUAUAAGGAGAAAAUGAUGAUAACUGUUUAGUUAUUAACAGAUUAAUUGGAAAGAAUUUAAGAACAAAAGAAAAAACUAUUAAAGUCUGAUUAAAACAUGUAUCUAUUGACAUCUGUAUUAAUGCAUGAUGGAUCAGCUAAUAGUGGACAUUAUUAUUGUUACAUAUUAGACAAGAAGGACUUAACAACUUGGUGGAAAUGCAACGACAGCACAGUCACUAAGGUAGAUUUUGCCUAGGUCUACAAAGAUGCCUCUGGGUCAAAUAGAGUAAAUUCUAAUGUCUCUGGGUUGAUUUAUGAAUAGGAACAAUGGUUAAAAGUAGAUAAGAUUCAAAUCAAUUAGAAAUUAUUGUCUGUCCUUUAGGAAGACAAAGAUAAAUAGUUAAUUGCCUAGGAUGAAUAGAAGGUGUUAAAUAGAAAACCCAUAAUUCUACAAUAAAUCUAAUAAUAGAAAAAUAGAUUGGUGAAGUAUAGGGAUCAAUUGGAGAGAGAAUUCGAGAGAUUCAGCAAUUUCGAUUAGUUUUUGAAUUCAGUCAAUCAAAAUGUGUACUUGUAUUAUUUGACAUUGACAACAGUGCAAUAAGAUAUAUCGUUGAUUAAAGAUCAACUGAAUAAACCUCAAGAAGUGAAUAAUUACAUUAAAUACUUCCUUACUCAAACCAAUCUGAUAACCACAAACUAUGAAAAUGAUUUGAAGAAACUUAAGGAUGAGUAUCUGAUGAUCAAUUCAUUAUUAUAGUAAUUACCCUUAAGAAAUAUUACCAACACCAAUUACCCAGAGAUAAUAAGAUAGUACUAUACCAUAUUGAAAUCAACAUCGGAAAUUAAAUCAUGUUCAGCAUUGGCUAGCCAUUUGAGAAGAAUGUACGAAGUUCUCUUGCUUAAAGGAUGCUUCUUUGUUGAUCUAUCUCUUCAAACCAACAACAUCUAGGCCUGCACUGAAAUCAGCCAGUGUCUUUUGAUUCAGAUCAAUCAAAAUUAGUUUAUUGAUAAGUUGAUAUUCCAGUAGGUGCUUACUAAUCUGAAAGUGUCAAGUGAGCAAGCCAAGUUAAUUACUAAGACAACAGAGGUGGCAGAUCAGAUCAUCAAAAUCCAAAGUAAGGGGGAGCAGUAGAUUGGGUUGAAACAAUUAGAAUUCAAGUCUUUGGAGUCUGAAAUACCAUAAUUAUAGAGAUUGAGGAAUGAUGGACUUAAGCUUUGGGUCAAUCAAUAUGAGAAGAUUAAGAGCGAAUAGAAGCUGUUGGAUUAGAAUGACAGAUAAAAUGAUGAGGUUCUACUUUAUUUUGGGUGAUCAUUAAUUUGCAUUUGACAU